AUGAUGAUGAUGAUCAAGCGCAUCAUGAUCUUGGGCGCUUGGGCCUUUGUCGCGUGCUGCCCGAUCGCGAACUCCUUCGUCUACCGUUUUUCGCCGAUGCAACACACGUUCAACACCAACUCAAUGUUGGGCAGGAAACAGAGGGGCGAGGUCGGCAAGACCAUCGGUGUACCCUCAGGCAAGACCAUUGACGGGGCUGGUGUUGGGCGCAGCAGCGGCGCGGUCGCCAUCGAGGAGAAGUUGCGCAUCCCGCGGGUUCCUUCGGCGCUGGACCCCGAGGGGAUUACCCGCAGGGUGGACUCUCCGCUCCACAUCUUGGGGAAAGGGGGGGAUGGGGAGGAUGAAGCAAUGGAAGAUGGCGAUGAAGACGCCCCCACACCGCUGCUGCUGCCCAUCAAGGUGCCGCGGCCGCCUGUGCUGCUGCUGGCUGCCACUACUAAGACAAUAUUUCUUCACUACAACUUAGAAGUCCAGUACCAGCAGACUCCGGUGUCGUUGACGCGAAAGAGCGGGGAAACGGUGCUUGGCCGAUGCGCCACUCCAAGCUCCUCUCCCUUGUUUUUCGUCGUAGACAUAGGAGUCCGGUGCUGCACGCCUGUGUCGAGGAAAACUGUUACAACGUAGUCAGGCACAGUUUACCAUAGGUGCGACUGCGGCAACUAGCAGCCUUCCGUAGACAUAAUACAGAAAGAAGAGAUGGUACUCAGCAGAGAACAUGAGCACAAAGUUGUAGAGGAGAUAUGUUGGCAGGCGAGACUGUAGUUGUUUUAUUGUUCCGAACCCCGAAAUUCCGGUACUCGGGCCAUUACUCCGGAGACCCUCGGAACCUGCUGUGUUUUUGCUGCUUGUUUUUUGUUUUUGUUUUGUUGUUGAGAUGAGACACAAGCGCGCCUUCGCCCCUUGUGCUCACUCUCAUCUAGCACCCAUCAAAGCCUGACCAGGGAGUCAGUUGAUAAGAACAUCUAUCUGCAUUUCUCUUUCCAAAGCUCGCUCGGGCCUACCGAUUUCACAGCAGUGUAGACCAACCUCUGUGAUAGAGCGGUGACAGCAGUGUAACCUCUGUGGUAGACUACAAAGUCUACGAGCUACAGCGGCACCGCCACCUCCGCUGCUGCAAGACGCCACAUUCUGUGAGGUUAUGAGCCUCGCUUUACGCGAACACUAGGAGCUGCGGACGUCACGACGGAGGUCAAGACAUCCUACUACUGCUGUGGACUACAACAUCCGUCUGUGGACUUCGAGCGGAAAUCUGGAUUCGGAGAUUUGGGAGAUCAUCAACGGUCAGCGGAAACG